AUGUUAGAAUUUAUUGUGGGAGAUCAAGUAUUUUUGAAGAUAGCACCAAUGAAAGGAGUGAUGCGGUUUGGAAAGAAGGGAAAACUAAGCCCAAGAAAUAUUGAUCCAUUUACUAUUAUUGAGAGAAUUGGGAAUGUUGCCUACAAACUUGACCUUCCUUCAUCAAUGUCUCAAGUACACAAUGUGUUUCUUAUAUCCAUGCUAAGAAAAUAUAUUGGAAAUCCUUCUCAUGUAUUGAGGAAAAAAUCGAUGGAGAUAAAACCAGAUUUGACUUACGAAGAAAAGUCGGUAAAGAUCCUUCAACGAGAGAUAAAGCAACUAAGAAACAAGAAAAUUCCGUUAGUUAAGGUGCUGUGGCAGAAUCAUCUAACCGAAGAGGCUACUUGGGAAAGAGAAAAUGAAAUGCGGAUGUUGAAGAUUAGCUUGGUAAGUUAUGGAAAUCGGAAAGGUCGGGAAUUAGUAUCGACAAAAGUUCAAGCUUUCUAUUCGGUUGUUCGAGGUCAUGUUAAACGCUAG